ACAACUAUAUGUGAAUAGAAUAUCAAAGUAUCAUUUGAUUGAAUAUACAUAAAUAUUAAUAUCAAAUAGCACAUAUGAGUAUUAUUAUAGCUCAUAAUCAUAAUGAGUAUGUUAACACUAAAGCUCAUAAUCAUUUCAUAUUUUCUUAUAAUAACAAUUGAGAGUAGAGUAGCAAAAGCAACCACCCAAAAUGAUGAUGAUGGUGAUGAGUGCAAAGAAGCUAGAUGUGGUGAGAUGGAGCCACCAAUCAAAUUCCCUUUCAGGCUCAAAGGCAAGCAACCACCCCAUUGUGGCUCUCCUCGGCUCGGUUUCGAUCUCUCAUGUACUAAUUCCAACAAAACCAUGCUUGAGCUCCCAAAUCUUCAAUUGAAAUUGUUUGUAACACAAAUGAACUACAAAUUUCAGUACAUGGAAGCCUAUAAUCCCUAUUGCAUCCAACAAAAGAAUUUGAAAUUAUUACUCAAUAAUCUUUCUACUACUUCUCCUCUUCACUUCUUUAAUAGUCAAUAUAUGAGGUCUAUGCUAUUGAAAUGUUCUACCAAUCAUACAAAUAAUGGGGUUUUGGAUUCUCCAAUCCCUUGUUUAACAACUAGUGACUCAUCAUCAUCAUCUUCCAAGUAUUUUGUUUAUGCCAUUGAUUAUAAUUUUUAUGGAUACAACUAUUGGGGGGAUUUAGUUUCAUGUAGCAAGAUGUUUAGCAAUUUGCCAGUCCCACCAGAAAUAUUCAAACAUGAAAUUUUUUCCUUGGAAUGGUCAAAACCGAAUUGCGAAAAUUGUGAAGCUAAAGGAAAGAAAUGCAGAUUGAAGAGGCCUCAUGACUCGAAUGAUGAUCAAACUGAAUGUUACAACCCAAUGAAGAAAGGUGAUCAUGAUCAGUUGAAAUUUGUAUUGAUGACUACUGGUUUCACAACAGGUUCAUUUGUUAUUGUAUUGGGGUUUCUUGCAACUUUUUAUGUCUACCAUAAAGAGAAACAAAAGAGAGAAAAUGGGUUAAGACUUGAAAAGUUUUUGGAGGAUUACAUAGCAUUCAAGCCAUCAAGAUAUACCUAUGCCGAUGUGAAAAAUAUCACAAAAAAGUUCAAAGAUAAGUUGGGAGAAGGAGCGUAUGGAACCGUUUUUAAAGGUAAACUUUCCAACGACAUUCUCGUCGCGGUGAAGAUUUUGAAUAUCUCAAAGGGAAAUGGAGAAGAGUUCAUCAAUGAGGUAAGUACAAUAGGUCAAAUUCACCAUGUCAAUGUGGUUCGUUUGGUCGGUUAUUGUGCUGAUGGAUUUAGAAGAGCCCUAGUUUAUGAAUUUUUACCAAACGAUUCGCUAGAGAAACACUUAUCAACAAAACAGUUGAUUGGCAAUGAAAAAUGUUCUCUUAGUUGGGAGAAAUUAUUUGACAUUGCUUUAGGCAUAGCUAAGGGAAUUGAGUAUCUACAUCAAGGUUGUGAUAAACGAAUUGUUCAUUUUGAUAUUAAGCCUCAUAAUAUCCUAUUAGACCACAACUUCAAACCAAAGAUUUCUGAUUUUGGUCUUGCAAAAUUAUGUUCAAAAGAUCAAAGCAUAGUGUCAAUGACCACCGCUAGAGGAACCAUAGGGUAUAUUGCACCCGAAGUAUUCUCUAGAAACUUUGGAAAUGUAUCCGACAAAUCAGAUGUCUAUAGUUUUGGAAUGUUAUUACUCGAAAUUGUAGGAGGGAGGAAAAAUGAUAACAUGAAUGAAAUCUACUAUCCAGAAUGGAUUUUUAAUCUUUUAGAAGAAGGAAAAGAUAUUCGAAUCUAUAUUGAUGAAGGCGGAGAUGGUAAGAUUGCAAAAAAGCUUGCAAUCGUUGGACUUCGGUGUAUUCAAUGGCACCCAUUAAAUCGUCCGAAUAUGAAAGUUGUAGUUCAAAUGUUGGAAGGAAAUGAAGAAUUAAGUAUUCCGUCCAAUCCAUUUUCAUCUUCAUCAAGUGAUCAUCCGUCCAAAACAAAUACCAAACUACCAAAAAAAUUUAUGAAGUCUUUAGAAUUAGAAACUAUAGGUGAAUAAACAUAAUGUGUAAUUCAUUUCUUAUGAAAUUGCAUGUAUCGUUGUAUAUUUUUGUGUAUUUUUAUAUUCAAUACAUAGUGUAAGAUCUAAAUUCUUUA